AUGGAGAUACGCACAGUGGCCGCACCCUUAACGUCGGACACAGAUACACAAACACCAGAACCCCGGAAGCGAACCCGCCGAUGGCACCACCGAGGCUUCACAGGAUGCUCGACCUGUCGCCGCCGCCAUGUCCGCUGCGACGAGGCCUCCCCCGCUUGCAAUAAUUGUGUCCGGCUCGGGCGCGAAUGCGAUGGAGCGCAAGGACAGAUGACGUUUAAGGUCUACGGGCCUACACAAACACCCACGGAGUCUCGUGCGGAGUCUCCACAAGAGUCUCCGCGGCAGUCCUCGAAUGCGUCGACAAAAUCGAGGAAAAACACGAUACCCAGCGCAGAAUCCAGUGACACUGCCGCGGUCUCUCCACAAGUGAAGAGGGAAGAUGUGGGCGAGCAGUGUAAGGCUGUGCUCGUUUCCCCCACGACACUACCACAAUCAACCAUUCAGUUUCGCUUCCAGGACCCAGUCACACCAGCCAGCGUAACCAGGUCGAUUCAGCGUACCGACGAGCGCUACUUCGCACACUUUAUUGAUCAGGUAUCAACCCUUUUGAUCAUUUACGACAACCCCGCCAAUGCCAAUCCCUACCGCACAUUGUUCCCGGAUUUCGCCAAGUCUUCUCCAACAAUGAUCAAUGCAAUGCAGGCGUUGGGCGCGUUACAUCUCGCGAAUACGUCGGCUGGGUCGCAACGGGAUAAACAUUUCCAGAAAGCCAUGGGCAAGUACGGACUAGUGGUGAAGGGAUUCCGCACGCGAUACGCAGACGCCAGCCAACAGCUUAGAUUGACGGAUUUUGCAACCUGCCUAUUGCUAUGCAUUUUCGAGAUGAUGGACUCACAGCAACAGAACUGGGCGGUACAUCUCAAGGGCGCUAGCGAAAUCUACAACAUGCUCUUCUACCCGCAUACUGGAGACUCGGAGCGCGAAGUGCAGCGCGUCACUGAAAUAAGCCACCCACUCCGGUCAUUCCUCGUGUCCCUGCUCUCAUAUCUCGAUGUUGCUGGCGCGUGCGCGACCCCGGGGGGCACUGUGGUCGAAGGUAGUUACUGGAAGACCAUGGGUGGAGGAUGGGAGUAUAAUCUUGGGACACCAAGUUUAUGCUCAACGACUCCGGAUAACCCACGUCUGGUCGAGCUGCGGGAAGCGUGGUCCAGUCUGAUGGAAGUGCAGGCAACGAUCAGUACGUUUGCAUUGGACAAGAAGACAUGGAUGACCAUCGAUCAGUCAGAUAUGAUGUAUAAAGAUAUUUUCAACCAACUGGUUGUCUGGCGUGCAAUGGCGCCACCUAGUCUUCAGCUACUUUCGGACUUGGACGACGAGAGCAUUGCUCAAUUCCCGUACCCUGAUGUUCUUGAAUAUGCGGGGUGCAUUGAAGCAUACGAGAAAGCCACCUUCGUUCAUUUGCUCCAGAUUGCUGGCGCUGGUCGUGUUGGCUGGAUUACCGAUUGGACAUACAUGGACAUGCUUGUCAGCCGUAUACUUUUGUUGAUUUGCAAACUUUCCAAGGGUGUCGGGCGAUUGGCUGUCUUAUGGCCACUUUUUAUUGCUGGACAAGAAACACGAAAUGAGGAUGAGCAGAAAUACAUUCGCCAGACUAUGGAGGAACUGAAGCGAUUCGGCUUCAAGAAUGUGGACAAAGCCCUUGUACUUCUGGAACGCGUGUGGUUCAAGCGACGCUCUUUUCCCGGCGGGUGGAUUCAGACUCUGGAAGAGGUUCAGACGAACAUUCUACUUCCGUGA